ACAGCCAAGACGAAAUUUCAUUUGCCUGCGACACGGGCAACGAGCCGGAGCUCCAGUAAAAUUAUUCGAAAAUAAAAUUGUAAAAAAUAAAAUUAUAAGUGUACAAAAAAGUACAGUGCCGUCAAAAUGUCGGCACUGCGCUUGAUUCCUCGUGGAAACGCGAGGAAUCUAAGCCAGAUGUUGAUGAUGGGGCGACGUUUCGCGAGCGGAGGCGACGGGAUCCGCCUGAUGAUCGGCGACCGCGAAGUGGUUGGCUACGGGAUCAACGGUCGACCCGUCUACUUAGACAGCACGGAUUGCCCCUUUCCGGCCAUUCGAUAUCGCGAAGUUACCCCCGAAUUGUGCGCCAUCCGUGAGAAGGAGCUGGGCGACUGGAAGAAGCUGUCGCUGGACGACAAGAAGAUGCUCUAUCGGCAUAGUUUCUGCCAGACCUUUGUCGAGUUCAAGUACUUUACACCGGAAUGGAAGAUCUGUCUGGGCGUCGCUCUGUGGCUCGUGGCAAUUGCGCUCGGCUUGACCAUGCUCUUGAAGACCAAGAUGUAUGGGGAAAUGCCGGAAACGUUCGAGGAGGAACGCCGGUCGGCCCAGUUGCGCCGCAUGAUACAGCUGCAGAUUAAUCCCAUCACUGGAAUAUCAUCCAAAUGGUGCUACGGGGAAAACAAGUGGAAGUCACAAGUCGACUGAUGCCGUAAUUUAUGUACAGAAACGAAACUAGUAACACACCAUUUACUCGCCACACUGUCAAGCAUAAACAAUCAAUUGUUAAACAUUGCCAAAUAACAAUUAAUACAAUGCGAUUUUACAAUUCGGUUGCCAUUCACAACACAAUACUCACACAUUCGUUUGCAAAUUGACGAAAACAUUAUUUAAUAUCGUAAUUCAUUUAAGAUAUCGCAGAAGUUGAAAUUGAACUAUACAAAACUAUGAUAACACAGAAUUGAGAAGCUAAAACGACGCACUCCCAAAUACUUCAAUUACAAAUCAAAAGCCUUACAUAAAUGUGUAACAAGCAACCGAAAACACCUCAUCCACACAAGCAGAAUUGUAUUGCAAAGGUACAAAAAAAUAUAACAAAAUCUUAAAAAAAAUAAAACAAAUGGAACUUAAA